AUAGGACAUCUGUUUAUUCUGUCUGUCUGUCUUUUGUCAUUGGUGAAUAGUUAAUACUUUAACCUCUGAAUUAUAUUAUAUUUAACAUGUUUUCUUCCUUUGUUCGAUGCAUUCGACCCAUGAGAUAUUUAAAAACAUCACUGUUUUUAAAAGAUAAACGAUGGAUGUUAUCAACAACCAAAGCUGCUUUUGCUUCAGAGGCAAACAAAACGGAAACAAAACCCACAAUUAGGCCAACAGAUGAAUUGAAGACAUCACAGUUGAGUGAAUAUGGCAUUUUUGUAGCUGAAUGUUUGCCUAAAUAUGUCCAAAAAGUGCAGAUUGCAAAUGGAGAUGAAUUAGAAGUCAUGAUUGCACCUGAGGGUGUCAUUCCUGUGUUAACGUUUCUAAAAGAUCACCAUCUUGCACAAUUUGAAUCGCUUGUUGAUAUUGCUGGAGUUGAUGUACCCACAAGAGAAUACAGAUUUGAAAUAGUGUACAAUCUGUUAAGUUUGAGAUACAAUGCGCGUAUCAGAGUGAAAACGUAUACCGAUGAAUUAACCCCAAUUGAUUCUGCAUGUGAAGUUUACAAAGCUGCUAAUUGGUAUGAACGUGAAAUAUGGGAUAUGUUUGGCGUAUAUUUUAGUAAUCACCCUGAUUUGAGAAGGAUUUUGACAGAUUAUGGUUUUGAAGGUCAUCCCUUCAGGAAAGAUUUCCCUUUGAGUGGCUAUGUGGAAGUGAGAUAUGAUGAUGAAGUUAAACGCGUUGUAGUAGAACCUUUGGAAUUAACUCAAGAAUUCCGCAAAUUUGACUUGGUUGGCCCUUGGGAACAAUUUCCUGCAUACAGUGCCGAAUCUGCUUCUAUAAAAGAAGUGCCAUUACCCAGUGAAACUGCUGAAAAAAAGUAAAAAGUAUUAAUUAUGAAAUAGGAACAAAAUAUUAGUAGCAGCUGUAAUUUGUGAAAUAUUAUAGAUCAUAAUAAAAUACUGAGAAGGCUGCAUUGUU